CUGACAACUCAAGCAAGCCAAACACACACACACACACACACACACACUCACACACACUUUUUCUCUUGGAUUAUUUGAUGUUUAAGGUCCAUGAUGGAGUCUGCCUUGACAAGAACAAGACUGAAGUUGGCCGUGUUUUUUCUGCUGACAUUUCAUCCAAAGACAGAUGUGACACAGGCAAUGCAGGUGACAUCUACAGGCCCACAGACCGUCCAAAAGGCCCAAGGAGAAACUUUCCAGUUGGGGUGCACCUACACGCCCGGAGUCCAAGACACCGGUGAGUUGGACAUUGAGUGGUCCAACCUCAGCCCAGACAUGACGCAGAAAGACAAGCUGAUCUUGGCCUACGCAGGAGGCCAAAUGAUCAACUAUGACUCCAGCCUCUCCAAAAGGCUGACCCUGGUAGGAGACCUCAAGCAGGGGGACGCCUCCAUCUCUCUGGCUGACGUGAGGCUGUCAGAUACAGCCACCUACCAGUGCAAAGUCAAGAAGGGCCAGGGUGUGGACACGCGGAAAGUAACUCUCGUGGUGAUGGUCCCCCCCUCUGUACCAAAAUGUUGGGUUGACGGCAAGGAGGAGAAAGGCGGUCCUGUCUCCCUCCGUUGCAAAUCGUACCAGGGAUCGUCGCCUCUCACGUAUACGUGGACCAGAGAAAGCGGGGGUGCAAUGCCGCCCGUCCAGGCACUGGAUAUGGAAGCGGCACAGACCGGGGAGCUUUUGAUCAAGAACCACUCAAACAGCUACGUUGGAACUUACAUGUGUGAGGCCAGAAACCCCGUUGGCAAGACGCAGUGCAGAUAUUCACUGAAGGCACACAACCCCACGGAUAAAGUGGGCGUGAUAGUCGGUGCCGUGAUCGGCGCUCUCCUCCUCCUCCUCCUCCUCCUGCUCCUCAUCUGGCUGCUGGUCUGCUGCUGCAACAAGCGUCGCUACGAGAAAGAGGUUGCCAAUGAAAUCAGAGAGGACACCCACGCCCCAGAGAGCCAACCCCCCAGCAGGAACUCCAGCUACCGCUCAGUGCUGGGCUACCGCACCCACCCGGGUGUGUCCUACAGCUCGGUGGGGAACCGCCUGCCGAGUGUCAGCCAAUCUAAUGGCAGCAACAGUGACAAGGGAUCAGCGGGGGAGAGGCGGCUUUCUCCCCUCAAGUAUGACAGUCGCUAUGGUUACCCUGUGUAGCCACAACUCAUGCACUUGAUGGACUUACUCUAAUGAACUCCAGCUUUUAGCAGCACUUCUAACAGCAGCAUGUUUAACACCACAACGGUGGCACGGUUAUUUGAAAUAUCACCUCCAAUGUACUGGAGUGGAUGCUCUUCAUCAUGUACUGUAUGUGGGUAUGGACAUCAUCAUCAUCAUUUAUGCAAGAUGUACAUAGCUUGGACUGUGGUACCUCCAUGAUUAUCCUCCCUAACCCUGAGACAAGGGUCGGCAACACAAAAUGUGGAAAGAGCCGUAUUGGAUCAAAAAUACAUAAUUAAUCUGUCUGGAGCUGCAAAAAAUGAAAGGUUGUAUAUAAGUGUUAUAAUGAAGGCAACACAU